CCACCGAAGCAGAGAUACCCAUUACUACAAAUCUAAGAAAAUAAAUAUAUAGAUAAAGAUAUCCUAAUUCAACGUCUUUUUUUGUUUCUCCAAAUAACCUUAGAGAUGUCAAAACAAAUGUCUCAUCUUGACAACAUUCCAUCAACUCCGGGGAAAUUCAAGAUGGAAAAAUCACCCUUCGUUCACAACAGGCUGAGGUGGCAUUCCUCUCUUGCAAAGCUCGCAUUUUGGUCAUUUAUCUUCUUGGCCCUGAUCUUGAUCUUCUUCUUUCGAUAUCCUUCAUCUAAUCCCCUCCCGCAAGAUCCCUCUCGGCGCUCGCUCCGUACGUAUAAUUGGGGCGGACCCGCUUGGGAGAAAAGGGUUCGUUCCUCCGCGCGUGCCCGUUCCCGCAAUGGCAUUUCCGUUUUGGUCACCGGAGCUGCCGGUUUCGUCGGUACCCACGUGUCGGCUGCUUUGAAAAGGCGCGGAGAUGGUGUUCUUGGACUUGAUAGUUUCAAUGACUAUUAUGACCCUUCACUGAAAAGAGCUCGGCAAGCGCUUCUGGAACGAAGUGGGGUUUUCAUUGUUGAAGGAGAUAUCAAUGAUUCUGCUCUUUUGAAAAAGCUUUUCGAGGUCGUUGCAUUUACCCACGUUAUGCAUUUGGCUGCUCAAGCUGGGGUCAGGUAUGCAAUGGAAAAUCCUAGCUCUUAUGUGCAUAGCAACAUUGCUGGUCUUGUUAGUUUACUAGAAGUAUGCAAGUCAGCCAAUCCACAGCCUGCGAUCGUGUGGGCGUCUUCGAGUUCGGUUUACGGUCUUAAUACCAAAGUUCCAUUUUCUGAGAAAGAUAGGACUGAUCAGCCUGCUAGUUUAUAUGCUGCUACUAAGAAAGCUGGUGAAGAGAUUGCACAUACUUAUAAUCAUAUAUAUGGACUUUCUUUAACUGGUUUGAGGUUUUUCACGGUUUAUGGUCCUUGGGGAAGGCCGGAUAUGGCAUAUUUCUUUUUCACUAGGGAUAUCUUGAAGGGGAAGUCCAUACCAAUAUUCGAGGCAGCUAAUCAUGGUACGGUGGCUCGGGAUUUUACCUACAUUGAUGAUAUUGUGAAAGGGUGUUUGGCAGCCCUGGAUACUGCUGAGAAGAGUACUGGUAGUGGAGGGAAGAAGAAGGGUCCGGCUCAAUUGAGGGUAUAUAAUUUGGGGAAUACUUCGCCAGUGCCAGUUUCGGAUCUUGUUAGUAUCUUGGAAAGGCUUUUGAAAGUUAAUGCUAAGAGGAAAAUUAUGAAGUUGCCACGAAACGGGGAUGUUCAGUUUACUCAUGCCAAUAUUAGCUUGGCUCAGAGGGAGCUUGGGUAUAAGCCCUCAACUGAUUUGCAGACUGGUUUGAAGAAAUUUGUCAGGUGGUAUCUCAGCUACUAUUCUGGAGGGGAGAAGGCUGCUAGCUAAUUCAUUCUUUGAAUUGUGGUAGGAUCCUCCGAAUUCUUGUCUGUUCAUUAGGCAAUUAUCGUUGUUUCAUACAUCUUUAGUGAUGCCCUGUAAGGAAGGAUACUGUGUCCUACAUGGAAGAAGUUUUGUGAUAACUGCACAUUGUUUGCUGGCCAGGCACACGUUGUAUCAAAAGAACACCGGAAAUUAUUUUUUUCUUUUCAUUUUUCUGUCCCGUGGAAUGGAAUUGUUGUAGUUUUGGCAUUUAGAAUUCAUGAACUGAUAGAGCAUAAGCUGAUCGUUGGACAUGUAUCAUUGGUAUGCAAUUCCAAUAAAAUAGAACUGGAUAAUAUGAUCUUUUUUUCCUUUGGUC